GUAACCCUAGCUACACACACACAUUUAUUUUUUCUAUUUUUUUUUGUUUCAAAAUUUUCAAUGGAUCUAAGUCCUCAAGAUCUUGCCCAAUUCGAACACGCAUUUGAAUUGUUGAAUUCCGACAAGGAUGGCAGCGUGACCAUCAAGGAUUUGAGCACAAUAUUGCGCAAGCUGGGCAGAGAUCCCACGGAAGCUGAGCUCAAGACCAUGAUAAACGAGGUUGAUCUGGAUGGCAAUGGUGCCAUCGAGUUUGACGAGUUUCUGCACCUCAUGUCGAUGAAAAUGUGCGAGGAGCCCAGCGAGGAGGCGCUGCGUGAAACAUUUCGCGUGUUCGACAAUGAGAACACCGGAUUCAUUGGCAUCGAUCAGCUGCGUGGCGUGAUGAUAGCGCUGGGCGAAACUCCUGGCGAUGAUGAGCUGGACGAGAUGAUACACGAACAUGACUUGGAUGGUGAUGGCAAAAUUUGCUUUGAGGAGUUUGUCAACAUGAUGACAAUGAUACUGUAACGAACUAUCGAUAGUUUAUCGAUAAAUAUAGUUCAAAAAUGCGCGUUUUGUGGUGCGACGAUUGUGGCAUGCCACAUCAAGUCGUGCGAUGUGCUUGCCACAAGCAGCGCAGCUCAAAACUCAAGCCUAAUUAACAUUUCUAUUUAU